AUGGCAGAUGCGCUUCUCGUCCCUCUCUCAAAGCCCCAUUUGCCAUUUUCUGAAGAAACAACUUGCUCUUCUUUCGAUAAUCUUCUCUCUCUUUUCUUUUUCAGUCCAGUUUUUGGUUCUCCAAGUGCUUUUCCUCAUCUGGCUGGGUUCCUCUUCUUUUCUUUCUUUCCUUUCAAGAUUUGGUGUGAAAGAGAUCGGAAAACAAUGCAUAUUCUCAAGGUCUUCUUUGGAGUUGUUGGAAAUGCCACUGCUCUGUUCCUCUUCUUGGCUCCCAUCAUCACAUUCAAGAGGAUCAUACAGAAGAGAAGCACAGAGCAGUUCUCAGGCAUUCCGUAUGUCAUGACUUUGCUCAACUGCCUCCUCUCCGCUUGGUAUGGCCUGCCCUUUGUUUCCCCAAACAACAUCUUGGUCUCAACCAUCAAUGGUACUGGUGCAGCCAUUGAAGCAAUAUAUGUGUUGAUCUUCAUCAUAUUUGCCCCCAAGAGAGAGAAGUUCAAGAUUCUUUGCCUCUUCACCUUUGUGCUUGCUAUCUUCUCCACUGUGGCUUUGGAAAAGCUGGUACCUAGCACCGGCAACUCUUUCGAGUGUUUGGCGUUGAUACUGGCACAUGUUGUCAAUGGAAGAGUGGGCAAUGUAGAGGCCCAAGAAGUUGUUCAUGAGCCGCUGGUCGGCUACCAGCUUCAGGUUGAGCUUCUCGGCGUCUUGGACGGACUGGAUCAAAGGGUUCGGUUGGGCUGUACUGGACCUUCUGAUUCUGGCUCUGGAAUUUGA